CAGCCCAGUAGACAACAAUUCUCACUCACACUCCGGGGAUCUGCUGGUAACGCUGCACGGUGCUGAGACAUGGGGGCUCUGAUGAGAGGAAUUAUACUGUACAGCCUCAUACUGGGGGCUCUGGCUGCAGGGCAGGAGGAGGACAGGCCCCUGGUGAUCACACAGUACGGGAAGCUCAGAGGGAAGACGGUAGAGGUGAAGGAGACGGACAGACCUGUGCACGCUUUCUAUGGCGUCCCAUUUGCAAAGCCACCAGUUGGUCCAUUAAGAUUUGCAAGCCCAGAAUCCCCGGAGCCGUGGGACUCUGUCCGAGAGGCCACAGAACAACCCCCCAUGUGUCUUCAAAGUCCAGAGAUAAUGGAACAACUACUAGAGUUAUUUAAGGCCAGAAUUACGUCACCACCAAUGUCUGAGGACUGUUUGUACCUGAAUAUCUUCUCUCCAGCUGACCGAGAGCAGAACGCGAGAUUGCCUGUGAUGGUGUUUAUACAUGGAGGCAGCUUUUUGAUGGGAGCGGCGCAGAUGUACGAGGGCUAUGCGUUGAGCGCCUAUGAAAAUGUUAUUGUUGUCUCCAUCCAGUAUCGGCUGGGGAUCAUGGGUUUCCUCAGUUCUGGCGAUGAGCAGUUACCGGGAAACUACGGAUUCUUGGAUCAGGUGGAGGCCCUCCGGUGGGUUCAGGGGAACAUCGCAGAUUUUGGAGGUGACCCCAACUCUGUCACGAUAUUUGGGGUGUCUGCUGGAGGAAUGAGUGUCUCUGCACUGGUGGUAUCUCCCUUAGCCAAAGGCUUAUUCCACAGAGCCAUUGCAGAGAGCGGAGUAGCCAACGUUCCAAGAUUGAUUGCCAACUCAGUAGAGGAAGUUAUUUUUUUCAGAAAUGAUCGCCAAAUUCCUCUUCCAAGUGGGUCUUUUUACCAUGGAGAAAAACAAAGGAGAAACGGGUGAAAGAAACGGACCGUAGAAUCGCAUUUUCAUCCCAUCAUUGUCUCUAUCUUUGGGUCAUAAAUCAAAUCCAUUGGAAUUACAAUUUCCUCACUCCUUAGACUCAUUACCCUGGUAAUUGCGAAUGUGUCCGGCUGUGACCAGAACAAGAUACUGGACUGUUUCAGGACAAAAACUGAAGAGGAGA